AUGGCGCCUAUUGCGUUAGCGCGUUUAGUCGCGUUGCAGACCCAUCGGAAGGCCAAGAUCGAGCAAAUCGGGGCUCGUAUGAGGGAGCACGCGCCCGACACGCUCAACCGCGUCAUCGUGCAAACUCGUGUAGAUACUAUCAGUGAGAUCUGGGCCGAAGCCUGCAAGACGCACCACGACAUUACCUUACGUGCUGAAUCAGAAGAGCACCCGUACACAGUCGGAAACGAGUUUCAAGCGAUGCGCUGUGCUUACGAGGACGCGUCUGACUGGCUCAUCACGACCCUCACUAACCUCCCGUCGGAGGACAAUCACAAUCCGCGCAGACGUACACGCGAGGACGAUGAGACAGAUGACCAACUCGCGAAACUCCCACGUUUAGACCUACCGUCGUUCUCGGGAAAUUAUGUGUCCGCUGUGGAUUUGCGCACGUUCGUCGACGAAGUUCAGCGAAUCAUCCGGGCACUCACCAAUCUACGAACACCUGUACAGCACUGGGACAUCUGGCUUGUGCACGCACUGGAUAUACGUCUAGAUCCUGAGUCGAGAAAGAUCUGGGAGAGCGAAUUAAUUUAUCGCGAACGGCAGACGACCGCAAUCACGAUCGACGGCUCAGAUGAAAACCCAUGGCGCUUCGCCAAGUUCGUGGAUCUAGUCGCGUUCUUAGAUCGAAGGGCUCAAUCACUACUCGCGAUUCAUGCAGAUAAGGACGAGAAAAAGGGACCGUCUACCAACAGCUCGAACCAUAACUCGCGCCGCGUUCAUCACGCUAACGCAUCCUUGCUAACGAGAACGUCUAGGUGCGCCCUAUGUACGGGAGAGCACUUCAUUUCGCGUUGCCCGACUUACCUUGCUAAAAAUGUCCACGAACGUCAGAGCGACGUGUGUCAAUUGAAGCUCUGCUUUAAUUGCCUCCGCCAGCAUAAGUUCAAUAAGUGCAGGUCGACGUACACAUGCAAGGUCUGUCGUGAAAAACACCACUCGACGCUCCAUCGACCGAGUAGCAACCCUAGUAGCGCCGCGCCCAAAAGCACGCAGAAUGGCACGAAUGCGAGUGCCGAAUCGGAAGUCCGAGCGAAUGUCGCACGAGUAGGCGCGCACCGCAACAUCGCGGCACAUGCAUGCAACAAAAGUGUGCCCGAAGAUGACUGCCCAGUUCUCCUAGCCACCGCCUUGGUGAAAGUCGUCAACGCGUUUAUCUUACCGCGACUUACCUCUGAUUUGCCAUCGCGCGCCUCCACGAAACAGGACCUCACGCAGCUUGAGACUUUACCUUUGGCCGAUCCUUUCUUUUAUACGUCGGGUCGGAUCGAUCUGAUGAUCGGAGCCGACCUCUACGGUCAGCUGCUACGCCCGGGUCUCAUGCAGGUUUCGAGCUCGGGUUUGGUCGCGCAAAACACUGCAUUCGGGUGGAUAAUAUCGGGCCCUAUCUACAAACCCUCGUCACGGCGGGCGGUACACGCGAACUGUGCGUCGAUCAAGGUCCUUCGGUGCGUAGUCAAUAGUGACCUGAGCGAGCUGCUACAACGCUUCUGGACGCUUGAGGAGGUGCCGGCCGUCACCGAUUCGCUAAAACCGGACGAUAAAGCGUGCGAGAAGCUUUUCACUGAAACGCAUAAGCGAGGAAGCGACGGUCGUUACCAGGUACGUCUUCCGCGUGUAGGAGAGAUACCACGCGUCGGUAUGGAAACGCAGCGUAUGGCCUUGCUCUCGUUGACUUAUCAGCACAAGCGCUUGGCUCGUGAUCCGCAGCUCAACCGCGCGUACACGGAAUCCAUGCAGACCUACUAUGAUCUCGGCCACAUGGAGCGGGUCCCCGACUAUGAGAGAAACAAUCCCUACGCGUGGUACCUGCCACACCACGCGGUUAUGCAGGCUGCCGCGAUACAGCCGAAAAUACGCGUUGUUUUCGAUGCGUCGCGUCAAACUCGGGACAAGCACAGCUUGACUGACUUUCUCAUGGCCGGGCCCCCGCUUCAAAGUGACCUCGACCUCAUUUUACUCAAUUGGCGCAGAUAUCGCUAUGGCUUCACGGCCGACAUAGUGAAAAUGUUUCGGCAAAUUCGUGUAGCGCGCGAAGAUCAGGACCUCUAG